AUGGACAAGCAAGCCAUCGUGGAAGCCACCGUCGCCCGUGACAAUUGGCACUGCAUGCAGGGCGGGCCAAUGAGCGAGUGGGAACGCGUACGCGAACCUUCCAUCUUCGUCCUCGAGGUCAACCCCAGAUUCAAAGAGUUGCUCGAGGAGGGUACCAUUCGUCCGAGGCUCGUCUUGGGGAAACACCCCAUUGCGGACUUUGGUGUCGCCACGGGGAGCUUCAUCGCCCCCUUCGCAGAGCGCAUUAUCUACCACCUCGUCCCAGAAAACAAACAUAUCACGAUUGAAGACCCGGAUGACCAUUGCUGGAUCUACUUCACCGCCGUCAAUGGAAGCACCGCCAUCCUCGACUGCAACGCCUUGCCGUUCAAUGUGGAGUUGCUUGUGGAAUGCGACGACACGGCAUACACGGGACAGGACAUCUCGGCGACAAUCUGGCCGAGCCUGCUUGCUUCGUGGACUUCUCGGACCCUGACGUACCCAACCCUCUCGCCGCUGGCUACAAGGAGCGUGAACGGUUCUCAGCGUUGCGCGAUCCCGCCCUCCAGGCUGCCGCCAUAG